AUGGAUUUAGAACACUUACAGGCCAAAAUUAAAAAACAACCAGAGAUAUAUGAAAGGGAGUAUAUUUCAAUGGUAAAAACAUAUCAGUCGUUGCUUAAUGUACCCCCAAUGCCUGAUCACAUAACUGUGCUGCAAUUCAUCGUUUCAGUCUGUCACUUAUACAAUGUGGAGAUCGGCAAAUUCAUAAUAAGCCAUUUCAGGAUAGAAAGGGAUGAUGAGAGACGGAAAGACAUUCUGUAUUUGAUGGGCGAUGUUAGAAAAAAAGGAUUGAUGUGCAGGGAGGACUUUGUCAUUGCGGUUUUUGAGUGCGAGUUCAAAUUGGAUUUAUUGAGGAUUGCCCACGACACUUUUUUUGAUGAACACACGGGCAAGCUGAGAAUAACUUGCUCGGUAGAAUCGGAGAGCUCGGGAAAGGACAACGAUACUGUUUCAAAGAAUUUUGUGUCCGAUAUAGUAGAGAUGUUCAAGCAGUACUAUUACAAAGGCACAAUAUCACAGAAAAAGAUGGCUCUGUUUUUCUUGAUCUAUGUAUACGACCACACAGAGGCAGAACUUAAUGAUGUUAUAAUGGAUGCACUGAAAGACGAAAAUGUGCAAGGACUAUCAAUUAAUUAUGUUUUGGGUCUUUUACCACUUACAAAAGGCGAACAGGGUGUUAAAAUGAAGGUGAGAAAGAAAAAGAACAGAGGGAAAAAAGGUUUUGACUACGAGCGGUUCAAGGAAGAGCAGCAAGUGACCAAAGAAAGGAUACUUAGAGAGAAGGAAAUGAAAAGAGAUAGGAGAAAGAACAUUACUGAUGUUGUGGCCAACAGCAUGUCCGUAGAAGAGAUCAUAAGUUGUAGUAAGGCGAGUGACACAAGCGCAGAUGCGAUGUACAAUCAUUUUGUGAUAGAUACUACAACUGUGAAGGUUAUAAAGGAGAUACAUGAUCCUAAAGCGGUGAUUAAUUUGCUUCUUGUACAAGUAAAGGGGCGGAAAGACAUUCGGUCCACAAGGUUAAAGAAACUUAAAGUAAUUUCACUCAUAAAAUUACACUUCAAAGUACCCGUAAGGAUCAAUGAUAUCCUUUUGAAAAUGAUUGAUCCUUCAAAAGAUGAUUUACCCGUUGUGAUGCACAUUCUCGUACGAAGUAUAGAGCGGUCUGACACGCGAAAUAUCGUACAAAAGAUAAACCACCUGUUCUGCACAAGAAAAGAUGAUGAUAUGAAAUGCUAUGGAUUGAAUUUGCUGAAAGAAAUCGUUUUGCUGGAUAGAAAUGAAGAGAUUAUUUCAGAUAUACGAAACAUAGCAAGCGAAUUCAGGAAUAAUAAGGUCAAGGGAGUUUUUCACACGUACUGUGCGCUCAUGAGAGCGAUCAAGUACGGAGUGACAGAUAACAAAAGCUUUGAAUACUUGGCGAAAAGGAAAAAAUGGACACAGAACAAUAAAUUGUAACUGUAUUCUGGCAAAAUGAAUAUUUUCGGUUUGCAAGAAUUUGACAUGCCAUAAGAUAAAGGUACUACGUCUUACUACCCUGUUGGUACUGGUUUCAUACGUACAAUGAGACACAAACAUGGAUAUUUUCUAGUAAAAUCUGUUCUACUUCUGGAAACAUCAUUUUGUCCUGUUAUUAGCCACUUUUUAUUGCUUUGCAUCUUUUCAUAAGGAAUUGAAUGAUUUUUGUCUUUCGGAUUGACUAAUCAGUGUUCGAGUUGCU